GCGUCAGUCUCUUACGACGCGAUCAACGAAACGGUUCAUUCAAGAGAAGAGCUGCGGACUAAUACUAGUUUUGCGUUUAUUAAACAAUUGCACCGAUCGAAUUCAUGGAAGAGAUCCUAAGUUUUCCGAAGUUUGCUUACCGGUUAAGGACAGUUUGUGCUCUAAUUAUUUUUGCGGCAUUCUAGCGUGAUCGCCCGCCGCCCGCCGGUGGAAAGAUCAAAUCUCAAGUUACGUUACAAAGCCGGGUGAAAUUGAAAGCUUCGAGGAACGCCGAUUUAGAAAGUGAACAAUGUGUACCUAUUCUAUGGAAAACAGUUUCACCUUCCCAUUAAAUAUCUAUCUAGAAUAGAACUAGUUAAGUUUUGAUCCGGAACAACCCUAAGAACGCUUGACGAUCAAUUGUCGUGAGGACCGUUACUUGAUGUACUCGCAAAAUUGCGCUGACGCCACUCCAAAGGUGUUGACGAUCUACUUCUAGUGAUUGGAGUAAUUCUUUGCGCGAGGCAAAGUUCAAAGCGGCCUUUCGAUCUCAGAAACAAAGUGAAGCUGUGAUCAAAACAAAAUCCGAUAAUUGACUCCUGAAGAUUGGUUCGGAUUUUCCCGUGAGUCUCCACACAAGAGUGACCUUGGGGAAAGUGAAUCGGAAGCAGAGCUGACUGGCGAUUGACUGGCAUUUGUCCUCUCGUUGGUAAUUCGCGAUUUCGGAAGCAUCAAUUAUUCCGGCUAAAGAGCCAAGAAUAGAGAGUAGCAACAAACAAUGGAAACCGAUGCUGUCAGCGCGAAAUUGGUCAAAGAAAAUGAAGUUCCCAUGGUCUCGAUGGAUGGAGAAGGUCACCCGGAGAUAACUUUGGCAGCAGUUGGUCUGGGCGCUCUGGUUGCAUUUAUCAUCCUGAUAACCCUCAUAGCAUUAAUCAGUCGCCGAAAGCGACACAUGUUGGCCAAUUUGGAAAGCACCCACCCGGAAAUCAACCAUAACUUACCGAACCGAUGCAAACGGGCGAGCACACCGGAAAUCUUCACCAUCUCGAGGGAAGUGCAACAGAAGCAGCAGUUGUGCCAAUCGCGAAGCUGUCGAAAUUCAUCCUCGUUCACCAUUCGGUCCGAUGUGGUCACUCAAAUCUAGACCCAACUACAUGCAUAAGUUAAAAUCGAGCAAUCGAGCUAGAUUAUUUCGAGUCGAGACUGAUGGGAUUUCUCUCGUAGGCCUAAGAACUGAACUCUCAUGAUUGGGUAUGUGAUUACGAUUGUAAUUUAUAAGGCUUUUUUUAGAUUAUACAUUUAUGUAAGAUAAAAAGAAUGGCAAACAUGAUUCCACUUAAGUAACCAUCAAAUGGUUGAUCACUAAUCUUAUACAUUGUUACACCUACUUUGAAUGUAUUGGAUAAAAAAAAAGAG